UGACCAAUGGCUGCAGGUCUCUGGUUGUGUCUGCUUCUGCUAUGUGCCAAGAUUCAGGUUUCCCUUUACCGGUGCGUUCACGACCAGGUUCAGUCCCGGGUACGGGUGGUCCGCGCAAUUCCGGAUCGAAACCUGGGAGAGGUCGCUCCGAUGAGGAUCGGGUUCUGGCUAUCUGGGGAAAGCGACCACCUGUCAGAGCAGGAGGAGGCACGAGUGAAGGCCACCGUGGAGCAGGCUGGGAGAACUGUGUCUUCGUUACUGUCGGGUAAGGCGAGAACACAUUCCUACUUGACAGAGAAAGCCUAUCAUUCUGGUUUUAUAGUGAAGAGAACCUCAAACCCUUUGCUGCUCAGACGGGACGUCGACAAAUACUGCAAGUUUCUAUGGAAGAAUCCAAACUCCAUCAACUAUAACAGGUGUGGCCGAGCCAACAAAAACUACAUACAUGAGACGUGUCUGGAUGUAAAGAUCCCAGAUGAACACCUUGCUGGUGUCAAAGUCCACCCGCAAGCCAACUCUACCCAUCGGCUUGUUCUCAGGCAUCCAGGCGCCGGAGCGCCCAACGUCGACUUCCUGCUGUAUGUCCACGUCCGGGCGACGGACAAGUGCAGGGCACAGCCUAGCCUGUUGGCGUACGCCGCCCACUGCCAGACGGACAGCAGAGGUAGACCUUUAGCAGGUGUUGUGGCCAUCUGCAGGGAAAGACUGACAAGACUGACUGUACAGACUGUGGUUCAUGAGCUACUCCAUGUCCUGGGCUUCUCCAAAGAUCUCUUCCCCACUUGGAGAGACUGCUCUUUUGAGCGAGGUUUUUCAGCCAGUGUCGCCUGUUCCCCUCGGGGCAAAGUGACUCACUCCGACGGACAGGGCCAGACCAGGAUCUACACACCAUCUGUUAUCUCGACCCUGCAAAGGCACCUGGCAGCCUUCGACCCCGAGCUGGGAGGGCCGCUCGAGAACUCUGACGCGACCCCAGGGGGUGUGUCCUCCCACUGGGAGUCGCGAUUUCUGCAGAGCUCCAUCAUGUUAGCGGCGGCUAGCCAGGAUAUUGUGGCGCGGAUUGACCCGCUCACCUUGGCCGCGUUUCAGGACACGGGCUGGUACGCUGUCAACACCCACCGAGCCCAGAACCUUGUUUGGGGAGACGGUGAAGGAGCUUUGUUCGGUUCCACGCUGACCUGUCAAGACAACUCGUCAUCCUUCUUCUGUACUGGCAGUGGACUCGGGUGCCAUCAUUUACAUCUCCAGAAAGGGGAAUGCCAGACGGAUCCCUUCCUGGACGGAUGUCGCAUCUACAAAGCUUUUGAGAAUGGAAGCGAGUGCUGGAAGAAAGAAAACGAGAAGAAGUCGAGUGAAGAGCGCCUUAGCGGGGAGGUCUUUGGCUCAGAUAGCCGCUGUUUCUUCUCUGAUCUAACCACACUUAAUCUGAGUCUGUUCAACCGCAUUGUCACGGGACGCUGUUACAGACGCAAGUGCACAGGAACAAACCGCUAUCAAGUCCAGGUUCGGGGCUCCGAUUGGGUGGACUGUCCAGCAGGUGGCAGCAUUCAGAUAAGAGGAUACCAGGGUUCUGUUUUCUGCCCCAACAAAAGAUUGUGUGUGGAUUCUGACGUCACUCCCUCCAUAGAGGCUGACAUUUUCAACACGGAGCAACCAGAGACGACUUGGUCUGAACACAGACUCACUGCAAACCUUCUACCGACCAUUGUACUAUGUGUUUUGGCCGGGCUGGGUUUUUUGGUGGUCCUCGGUCUGGCGAGCUCCAAAUGUUCUGUCUGGAAGGUCCGAAUCCAUGCAGCAUCAGCGGAUGUGUAAUUGCAUUGUGGAUCACAUUGACAGCGCUACAUGUCCAAUCAGACCACGUCCAUACUCAUUUGACUUCAAUUAAAUUUUAAAAGCCACGUGAUUGGACGUCUAUUAUUGUCAGUUGCCAGAGGUGGGUAGUUACACAUUACAUUUACGCUGACUUUUUGAGGAAAAUGUACUUGUUAGAGUAGUUUUCUCAAGCAAUACUUUUUUACUUUUGAGUAGAUUUAUGAAAAAGCACUACUCUUACUCCGCUACUUCGGCUGACACUAGAUUCAAUACGUUUUUCUUUUUAUUCUACAUAUAUUGACUUUAUUUUUGCCAGAGAUGCCGAUCAUGGCUGUCUCAGUUUCACCAAGGAGCCAUAGCAACAAUAACCACAUGGACUCCAUUAUAGCAAUUAGAGCAACAAUGUUUUUUCUCCACAAGAGGGCACUCAUGCUCUUUGGACAGGUGAUGUUUCAUCAUGUAGUGUUGUUCUGGUCUAAAUUCAAUUAUUUUUGUGCCAUGGUUUUGGCCUAAUACGGUCACGUAAUAGGUUAUAGUAUUAACAGUGACAGUUUAAUAAUAACAAUUCAAAAAGAUGAAGAUGUGCUGAGAAUAAAAAAAUCUACCAUAACCGGGCCAAAUCAGACAUUGUAAUCAGUUCCUAACAAUGUUACUCCUGACUUGAGUACAGUGAUCCCUCGCUACUUUGUGCUCUCAGUCCAUCGCAGAUUUUUUUUCUCAAAAAAAAAAAAAUACAAAUGAGCUGUCCCUAGCCGGUCGCUUCGUCUCUUUCCCUGCUCUUUGUUCGUCAGAGAGUGAACCGGAGUUGCUUGUUAAAGUAAACAAUGAUUGACAGAAGGUGAAGCUUUGAUCUUGCCGAAGACUCGACCUUCAAAGUGAUGCAUGCGUCAGUCAUCGUUACAACUUGUUAAACAGUUGCUGUGGCAACUCAUUUUGUGUAAGUGAGCAGACUCAAGGAAGCAUUUAAUAAAGACAAACAUUAAAAAAAAUAAUAAUAAUAUGGAUUGGGUGUCUACUUUAUUUCUUGUUUAA